CGCGAAAAUUCAAGCCGAACAGAAAUACAAAUUUUGAAGCGUCCACCAUCACGUCCACCAUCACGACCACUACCACCACUAUACGUUACCUUUUUAUACUUAAUUUUACUAUAUAAUUAUUAUUUUAUAUUAAUACUCCUUUUCAACUGAAUAUACAAUAAAACGUGAAUUAAAUUUACUUUUGAAUUGUGGUAUCUGGUUUUAUUGGUGAGCUAUCAAAAGUUUCGACUCGGUUGCGAUAACAAUAAUAACGACGCUUUUCUAUGAAAUAAGAAUUAUUUAUUUAUUAUUAAUUAGCAAAUAAAAAGUCUGUAGAUAAAAAAUGUUCAGUUUAAAUGUUCGUUGUGUGCAAAACAGUGCUAAACUAGACAAGAUAUUGUUGUUUACACUGGGAAAAUUACGUAAUUAUGUUAGUGUAACAGCUGCUCAGCGAAUUAUCAACAUCACCACCGCCGUUAGCACAAAUAUAAAUAAUACACAAAGCAAUAAGAGCAAACGAGGAGCAAUACUGGAAAUAAAACAAUUGACACGCUACUAUUCUUCAGCUGAUACUAAAAUGAAGAAUUUCAAGGAGUUUCAUUUAAUGGAUUACGAUAUCAUAGGUUUCGAUUUGGAUGGCACUUUACUAAGAUAUGAUUUAAAUAAUAUGGUGCCUUUGGAACAUAAGUUGUUAAGGGAAUUUUUGGUAAAGGAAAAAAACUACCCUAAAGAACUACUGGAGCAGAAGUUUGACAGCCAAUUUAUACAAAAAGGUUUGAUUAUUGAUAGUGAUCGUGGCAACAUUUUGAAAUUAAGUUCUGAUGGCACGAUAUUAAAAGCAGCACAUGGCACAAGAUUUCUGAAUGAUAAGGAAAUUUGUAAAGUUUAUGGUGAGGCUAGAAAAUGGGAUGUUGCUCAGCAGUAUAUAAAAGAUCCCUUAGCUGCUUGGAAUGGACCUUUAGCAGAUAAGUUAAGAACUCUAUUGGAUUAUUUUGAUAUAGCCGCUUCAUUGGUAUUUGCCCAGACGGUGGAUGUUUUAGAUAGAAUGGUCCCUAAUAACAAAUUAACCAAAAAUGAUUAUAAAAUCUGGCCGGAUAUGUUGUCCGGUCUGAUACAAAUCUAUAGCCGUGAACAUUUUGCCACCGGAGCAAGUGCUUAUUUUGAAGCUUUAAAGGGGAAUCCGGAAAAGUAUUUAUUAAAAACUGAUAGAAAAGUUAUAGAUCUAUUGAAACAACUCAAAGCCUCGGGCAAAGCUUUAUAUCUGCUUACGGGAUCUAAUAUAGAUUUUGCCAACUUUACUGCCUCUUAUGCUUUAGGUCCUCAGUGGCGUGAUCUUUUCGAUUGUACCAUAGGUUUUGCCAAAAAACCAGGAUUUUUCUUUGCCCAAAGACCCUUCUUACAGAUUGCUAAUUUAAAUGAACUAGAAGGCAGUGAAUUGUCAUUAAGUGAACAUCUCAAACCUAAUAGUUGCUAUAGCCAAGGAAAUUGGCAGCAAUUAAAAGAAUCUCUUUGUAAACAAGUAUUAAACAGAGAUCCACAAGAAGUUAGAUCACUUUAUGUGGGUGAUAAUCUUAUACAAGAUGUUUAUACACCCAAAGCCAAGGCCUCCAUAGAUACCUUAGCCUUAAGUGAAGAACUAUUAGAAUAUGAUGAAAACUAUGAAUUUAAAACAAUUGUACAAUCUCCUCUCUGGGGUUCUUACUAUUGUAUUAACGCCACGCCCACAUUGUGGUCCAGCAUUAUAGCGAAAUAUUCUCAAUUGUGUGUAUCACACAUGGAUGUAAUGACCGAUGUGCCGCUCGAAGAAAAAAUAAAUUGUACUAAUAAAGAGGGUUAUUUUCCCCAACAACCUGAGGGACUUUUAGAAAAUUGAAAUGAUUAUUAAAGAUUUUAUGUUAUAAAUUUAUAUAUAUAUAUAUUUUUUUAACCAACUUAUGCUUAAUCUUAAAAUACAAUUUUGACUGUGUUGAACGUACAAAGAUGCUAACUAUAUAGAAUUUUUUUUUAAAUAUGUAGUUUAUUUUGUUUAUAAAAUAACGUAUUUUAAAUAUAAAGGUUAAUUUCUCUUUAGUUUUACUUAUUCUAAGUAAAAAGAACUUUUUUAAUUUUUAAACAUUUUUUGAAAUAUUAAUCUGUUAUUUAAAUUAGUCGUUUUUUUUAAUACAAAUACGAAUUUUAAUAUUUUGCCUUUAAAAUAUGCAAAUAUUUGCUUGCAUUCAAUUGUUAAAACGAAAAUGUUUGUAUCAUCCUAAGUAAGUUUAAAUCUUUUAAACAAAUUAUAAUUUAUAAAGAUUUUAACACGAAAAUAAACCCUCAGGUAAUAAUACGA